AUGGCCGUUCCGACCCCUACGCCUCGAAACCCGAAUCAGAUACAAAGUGAAUCAGCAAACCCUUCAGUCACUACUAUUAACAUUGUGACCACGAUCGAGAAAACCGUGACAGUCGGAUUGCCAACAGCUGUCGCCCAGGUCCCCAGCGCAAGAGCCUACGCCAAAGUCAACCCAGUUACAUGGGUUCCCCUUGUGAUUCUCGCAAUCCUUUUCCUAUUUGGAGCGAUGGUGGUCGGGUGGGUGAUCUUACGAAGAAAGAUGGGAAAUGGCUUUAGAGUAUUACUGCCCGCUAGGAAGCUUCGAAAGCUCCCGAGACAGAAACGGAAAAUCGUUGGAUCGCCUGUCUGUGCAACCGGCGAAACGCUUGAUUUUGAAAAUUUUGCGAUCAACAAUCGGCCCCCUCCGACUGUCCCGGCCAAAAAAAAGAAUCCACGCUACAAAGAUGUGGAGAUGACUCGCUUGAUCCUUGAAGGCAAAGUCCCUCGUCCACCCCCUAGCCCAUUCAAGCCACUACCUCCUGGAAUAGCCUGA